AAAUCGGACGAGUCAGGAACAGGAAAAACGGUGAUACGGAAGCUAGUUCUAGGGCUAAUGGGCGCCGCGGGCUCCAAACUCGAGAAAGCUCUCGGCGACCAGUUCCCCGAAGGAGAACGCUACUUUGGAUUCGAGAAUUUCGGCAACACUUGCUACUGUAACAGCGUUUUGCAGGCUCUUUAUUUCUGUGUUCCUUUCCGUGAACAAUUGCUUGAAUACUAUACCAGUAAUAAAAGCGUUGCUGAUGCUGAAGAGAAUCUUAUGACCUGCCUGGCAGACUUGUUUUCGCAGAUAAGUUCCCAGAAGAAGAAAACUGGUGUUAUUGCGCCUAAGCGAUUUGUACAGAGGUUGAAGAAACAAAAUGAGCUGUUUCGGAGCUAUAUGCACCAGGAUGCACAUGAAUUCCUGAAUUAUUUGCUGAAUGAAGUUGUUGACAUACUGGAGAAAGAGGCAAAAGCUACAAAAACUGAACAUGAAACCUCGUCAUCAUCAUCUCCCGAAAAGAUUGCAAAUGGACUGAAAGUUCCUCAGGCAAAUGGUGUUGUGCACAAAGAGCCUAUUGUUACAUGGGUGCACAAUAUUUUUCAGGGCAUACUUACCAACGAGACAAGGUGUCUGCGAUGUGAAACAGUGACAGCCAGAGACGAAACAUUCCUAGACCUUAGCCUUGACAUUGAACAGAACAGUUCGAUAACUAGCUGUUUGAAAAAUUUCAGCUCCACAGAGACGCUUCACGCUGAAGACAAAUUCUUUUGUGACAAAUGCUGCAGCUUACAAGAAGCACAGAAGAGGAUGAAGAUCAAGAAGCCACCACACAUCCUAGUCAUCCAUCUAAAACGAUUCAAAUACAUCGAACAGCUAGGCCGCUACAAGAAGCUCUCCUAUCGAGUUGUCUUCCCUUUGGAGCUAAAACUGAGCAACACAGUGGAACCAUACGCAGACGUGGAGUACUCUCUGUUUGCAGUGGUGGUUCACGUCGGAAGUGGACCUAAUCAUGGUCAUUACGUCAGCCUUGUGAAAAGCCAUAACCAUUGGCUCUUCUUUGAUGAUGAGAAUGUUGAGAUGAUUGAAGAAUCAGCUGUUCAAACAUUCUUUGGAUCGUCUCAGGAGUAUUCGAGCAAUACUGAUCAUGGUUACAUCUUGUUCUAUGAGAGCCUUGGACCGGCCAAGGAGGCGAAGAAUGAGGAUUUGUCGUUAUCCGUGAUGUCGCAAUCAGAUGAAGAAGAAGCCAUCACUCACAGGCGAAUCGCGCCGGGCCCGGAGAAGAGCGGGAAGCAGCAAUUCGCAAGUGUUGCAGAUGGGAAUGUACCAGUCAAGUAUCCAAGCUUCAAGCCACCUAAGUCGAGUUUCGGAGAUGUUGGCAAACAUAGUGCCAUUGAUGUUUUUCCACUUCUUGUCAAGGAGUCUGCAUAUCCUUUGAUAGAAGACCGUGGCAUCGAUACUUCACUGGUCCAAGACGUGUGUACUAUCUCAGUCUUACCUGAUGAAGGAAAUACAAUCCCACAAUGUACCUCACAGUUUACUCUCUUGAGCUUCGUCAAGGCUCUGCUUCCAUCUAAAAAUCAGAUGUUGAUGGAUGCGCAACUGAAUUGUCAGAAAACGCAGAACCGCAUCAAUGUGCUACUGGGAGGCACAGAUUCCUACCAAUCAUGCGUUGUAGACAUUAAUGUCGAGAAAGGGAAUGGCGGUGAGACAGUGACAUCUCAAGACGAAGUUGUUGGAAGUGUGAAAUCUGAGAGUGUACAUAUGCAAAAGGUAUUACAGAGACAAGCAAGCAUGAGCACUGAUAAAGCUAUCUCCGAGCGAUGCCACGAUGCACCAACGAACAGGUGGAGAAGAUACAAGCGUGCCGCUUCAUUUGAUUCAAGGAAAAUCGUCAUCCUAUUCUCCAUCUUAUCAAGUGUGGGAACAUUGAUAUUGAUCUACCUGACACUGAGAGUGAAGCAAAACGGAGACAACAAUAACAGCUUCAAUCACAUGAGUGAAAAAGAUGGUUUCAUCCGCGAGAGCCUUGUUAUGGAGGACAAGGUUUAUGGAGUGAAAUGGUUUGCAGGAAGUGUUUAUUACUCUCCCAGUGAUGGUAAAUGGGGAAGAACGAAUAGGCCAGAUCUUUUAAGUUAUUGUGUAGUUGAGGAAUUGUUAUACGGUUUUGAUAUGAGCUUCGGGCGAGUGUUUUGGCGCGAGUCUGAUGAAUCGGAAUGGAAGAUAGUAAAGGGUUUGGAAGCUCUACAGAUGAUUUUUCAUGGGCAGUUUUUUGGUAACUCUAUGUUCUCUAAGAAUAUCAGCCAAGUGAACUCUUUUGGUGUGAACGUUGUCCUCUUCUGGCUUGAGCGUAGUGAUGAUGAUGAGAGAUUGGAUGUUUGGUGUGCCGAGGUUUCGUUCGAAAGACGAGAGGAGAAACGUGAGAUUUGGGGUAAGAUUGAGUGGAAGGAAGCUGUCACAACAGUUGAUCGUGCUCCUUUUGGUCCAUUUGGUGGUGAUCAUAAUAAGGUCUUGUAUUCUGCUACCGUCAAUAUCUGAUAAACUGAUCAACUACAGAACAAGGCAAAGAUUCACUUCUGUAAUAUAGUUUGAUCCCACUGAUGGAGGAAAAUGUUUACUCUUCUCUUUGAUGUUUUUUAUAUUCUGAGUCUGUUAAUAAAAUGAAAAUCACAAA